GACCUCACAUAGAAGAUUGGUUAAGAUUGGCAUUUGAAAAGUAGUUACCAUUUGCUCCUGUACUGGCCUUUCAAAGAGCUUCAAAGGACCCAACGAAUUUUCAUUUUAGAUAACAACGAACAAUCUUCGAAUUCCCACAUGAAUGCUUGUUAAUUUCAGUCCAGGAAUGAGGAUCCAAUAAGUUUCCUUCUUCCUCUUCUUUCUGAUCAUCAGUCAAUUGCAUGGCUACGCAGUUCUGUCCUUGUUCUUCCUCCUCAGCAGCCAACUUCUCAACCUCUCCAUCAUUCAAGAAUGAGACACAAUCCUGCUUGACAAAAUCCGUCAUUUACCCAACAAGAAUCUGUUACUCCAAAUGGGUGCCUCAGAUUUGUUCAAGAUUCCACGCAAGAAAGCAUUUUGAGCUCAAUUCUGUAAAUGGGUUUCCUUUAAAUGCUGUUUCUUUUCAAGAUGGUUUAGCUGAAGAGCCAAUAUCUAGAGCAAAUAGUAAGCCGGUCGCUUUGGAGGGGUCUAGUCCCUUCUCAGGAUCAAGAAAAGAAGAAUCCAGUCUUAGCAUAAUUAUUGUUGGAGCUUCAGGGGACCUUGCCAGGAAGAAGAUUUUCCCUGCACUUUUUGCUCUUUUUUACGAAGAUUGUCUACCUGAGAAUGUCACAGUUUUUGGCUAUGCGCGAAGUAAAAUGACUGAUGAGGAACUGAGAAACAUGAUUAGCCAAACCUUGACUUGCAGAAUCGAUAAGAGAGAAAAUUGUGGGGACAAGAUGGACGAGUUUCUAAAACGAUGCUUUUACCACUCUGGUCAAUAUAACUCCAAGGAGCAUUUCGCUCAAUUGUACUGCAAGCUGAAAGAAAAAGAGGGAGGCAGAUCAUCAUUUAGGUUGUUUUACUUGUCAAUACCUCCAAACAUAUUUGUGGAUGUGGUGAGAUGUGCUAGCACCAGUGCAUCUUCAAAGAAUGGGUGGACAAGGGUCAUUGUUGAAAAGCCAUUUGGUCGUGACUCGGAGUCAUCUAGAGAGCUCACUAGGUGUCUAAAGCAGUAUCUAGCUGAGGACCAAAUAUUCAGGAUUGACCACUACUUGGGGAAAGAGCUUGUUGAGAACCUAUCAGUUCUUCGUUUCUCAAAUCUAGUCUUUGAGCCUCUAUGGUCGAGGAACUACAUUCGCAACGUGCAGUUUAUAUUUUCUGAAGAUUUCGGUACAGAAGGACGAGGGGGCUACUUUGACAACUACGGAAUCAUUCGUGAUAUAAUGCAAAACCAUCUCUUGCAAAUAUUAGCACUAUUUGCGAUGGAGACGCCUGUCAGCUUGGAUGCAGAAGACAUUAGGAAUGAGAAGGUCAAGGUUUUGAGGUCAAUGAGACUGCUGCAACUUGAAGAUGUCAUGGUAGGGCAAUAUAAGGGCCACAGCAAGGGUGGAAGGACCUAUCCUGGAUAUACUGAUGAUCCAACUGUGCCAAACGACAGUCUCACUCCAACAUUUGCAGCAGCAGCACUCUUCAUCGACAAUGCUCGAUGGGAUGGUGUUCCUUUCUUGAUGAGGGCAGGAAAAGCUCUCCACACUAAGCGAGCAGAGAUCAGAGUUCAGUUCAGACAUGUCCCGGGCAAUUUGUUCAAGCGAAACUUUGGAACUGAUUUGGACAAGGCUACAAAUGAGCUAGUGCUUCGCGUACAACCGGAUGAAGCAAUAUAUCUGAAGAUUAACAACAAGGUUCCUGGUCUUGGAAUGAGACUAGACCGCAGUGACCUCAAUUUGCUUUACAAAGCAAGGUAUCCAAAAGAAAUACCGGAUGCAUAUGAAAGGCUGCUCCUUGAUGCAAUAGAAGGAGAACGAAGGCUAUUCAUAAGAAGUGAUGAGCUUGAUGCUGCCUGGUCUCUAUUCACACCAUUGUUGAAAGAACUAGAAGAGAAGAAGAUUGUGCCGGAGCUAUAUCCUUAUGGUAGCAGAGGACCCGUUGGAGUACAUUAUCUUGCGGCUAAGCACAACGUUCGGUGGGGAGAUCUUAGUGGUGAGGAUUCAUGAAGAAUGAAGCUCUCCAAAGGCUUCGCAUGCUCAUGACAGGCAAAGGGCUAGGCACAAAACAACAUAGCACGAUUGGAAUUUAAACAAAAAGCAAGUCAAGGUGUCUUUUAAAAUUAUAAGAACGCCACUGUCGCAUCAUUUUAGUUGGAGAUUCUAGUUAAAUAAUAAAGUAGCAUUUUGUUUUUAGACCUCGGUUUUGUAGAGUUUAUCAGUGUCCCCCAGCCACUUUGAAGAAAUGAUUGUAAUAGGAACAAAUUACAUUUCAGUUUGACAUAAAUGUGCGAACACACAUAGAACUACAUGAGCAAGUUUACUUGAACAGACUGUUUCGGCUUACUGCACCCUGAAUCUGUAGUGUCAAACGCUAGUCUAGUCCAAGAAGUGACCAAAAGGGUGGCAGCUAGGGAAGGCCUUGCUCUAGUCACCUCGAAGUAGUUGACGGCUGAUCGAAUGAAGUCACUAUCUUAAUCACCUUUUGCAUGAGUUCAACUGCAAAGGACA